UAAGACUCCAUCAGAGGACACAAACAGUAAUAUUGCACUAGUAGGGGGCACGGGUGCCUGAGCAGGGCGGCCCCACAGUGCCACAAGGCACGCUAUACGGCCAGUACCCGCUAAACCUUCACUGGGGCAACUACUUAAGUGCGCCUCAAGUCUCCUCUAACAUCAGCUGCAAAACAUGAGGCACUGCCCACGCAACAAUUUGCAACAUCGAGUGCAUUUAUAAGCCUCUUGUGAUAUUUGCAAGACACUACACAGACGCAAGAGCUUGCAUGCGUAUUUGUGAGUGAGUGGUUGUGUGCUCUACAUAUACCGUGUCUGAAGCAAGAUAUUCCCCACACACACCCGCCUCCAGCGCCCUCAGGAAAUGGACAAACUUCAAGAGUGGAACUUGCAUGAUGAGCGAGUUAGGACAGACGUACCAGAGAGGUGGGAGAGUAAGAUAUAAUGGGGAGUCCAUACGGAGCCUGAUCCACACUAUACCUUGUCUUCCAAGAGGGGUUCACUUGGGGGUUCAGCGGAAGCCUCGCCUUCCUAUAUGAGCAACAUAGUGCAAGAGGAGAGGAAAAUGCAACAGGAAAGAGACACGAUUGCAGGUGGCGUCGAUGGGGAACUGUGAGGGUGUUUGACCCUCCUGCCGACCCAGAAGGAUCCUAUAGGUUGAAAGACCUUGCGGUUGCUAGACUAGGCCUAAAACAAUCCAGCCCAGUGGGGCGUUGGGCCCCCUCAUUAUAGGCCGUGAGGGAUACCCAUGUAUGAGACAGCUUUACCCCCGUCUCUGUGAGGUUCAUGAGGAGGCAGCUUGACCUUCCUGUCUGGUCCUGUCAAGACCUAAUUUGAAGCUCGUUGUGGUGACAGGACAAUAGAUAAACAAAAUGCAGCAUUACAAGGAUACGUUCAUCGACCUCAUGGGAGGCUCUAUGGGUGGUGUAGCUUGUGUAUAUGUUGGCCAGCCUCUAGAUACUGUCAAGGUGAAGAUGCAGACAUUCCCUCACCUAUACAAAGGGAUGACACGCUGUUUUAUCCAGACUGUGAAGCGUGAUGGCAUCAGAGGUCUCUAUGCUGGAACACUUCCAGCUCUUGCUGCAAAUAUUGCAGAGAACUCGGUCCUUUUUGCUGGGUAUGGCAUGUGUCAAAAAGGUGUGGCAUAUGCUGCUGGUGUGCAGAGGGUAGAAGACCUGAAGCCCUUCAGCAAUGCAAUGGCGGGCUUUUUUGCAGCAUUCUUCUCGUCCCUUACCCUGUGUCCAACAGAGCUGGUUAAAUGUCGAUUGCAAGCGAUGAGAGAAGUGGCUCUUGCACAAAAUAUGGAACCAGAGCGUAUUGGACCUUGGAAACUCACAAGAAAUAUCUUGAGGGCAGACGGUGUUCCAGGGAUGUUUAGGGGCCUUACGUCAACAUUUGCAAGAGAAAUGCCGGGAUAUUUCUUCUUCUUUGGAGGUUAUGAGGCCAGUAGGGCUUUCCUCACACCAACUGGCAAAACAAAAGAUGAAAUUGGACCAGUGAAGACCGUGUUAUGUGGUGGGUUUGCUGGUGUCGUUUUAUGGGUCGCCAUAUUUCCUGCGGAUGUAGUUAAAUCACGCAUCCAGGUAGCGGGCUCGACUGAUCCAAUGUCAAAGGUACUUCUUGGCAUAAUCAGAAGUGAAGGUAUUCUUGCUCUGUACAACGGUCUGGGGCCAACUGUUUUACGAUCCUUCCCUGCCACAGGAGCGCUCUUCUUGGCAUACGAAGGAACCAAAAAGCUCCUACAUGGUCUUAUGGAUUGAUUCAUGUUUGCUGUGUCAUUAAAUUAUACACUAGUUUUGUAUUAUUUUCUAGUUUUGUAUGAUCAUUGUAUGCUGGAAAAGAUAUUUCACACUAAUGUGAAAAAUGCAUAAAUAUUGCUCAAUACAUUUGUUACUAAUAUGAUUUUUAUUGUGCCACGGUUUCCUUAUUUUCAUUUUGAGAACAUUUGUGGCACUUUUAUUUGGAAAAGCGUUGAGUAAACUUCAUGUUAAAUCAACGUCAUAAAGCACAGUGGAAUCACAUGAAUGGGAUAUAUUCAGGAGCAAGUAUCGAAGCCAUGCAAUUGGAUCAAACUGCCGUCCCUGAAUUCCUGAGGCACAUGUACUACUGACUGAACCAUAAUGUAGUGUGUGUGGCUGAGGAGUUGAGACCUGUGAGCUUGAUCCCAUCAUAUGGCUUACGUAUUUUCUCACUGUUCAGAAGUUCUGAGUAAUCCAACUCCCAGUGCUGCGUUGUGAACCUCAUGAUUCCUUUAGUCAGCUUUGUGAUGGGAGCUGUAUUAAAGGAUUCACUUUAUUAAUUGCAAAUACUGUAGUGCAAGCUGUUACUUUUCAAAGAUUUUAUUAAAGAUUAUUAAAUUUGCAUAAUGUGACAAUUUUUCUUACAAACUGUACAUUCAGCUGGUAUAAAUAUCCAGAACAUUUUUAUAUUAUAGAUUUGUGUGUUUUGAAGAGGCAUUUGUUUUCGCUUUUUCUCAUUUUUACCCUGGGGCCUUGCACAUCGUACAUCUGUAUCUCUGGUUGUGUGAAUCCUGGGCAAUGUCUUGCAUACUGCAGAUAAGUACUGUACAUGUAUAACAAGAAUAAAAAAAACUGCCGUAGGCCCCACACGAGGUAGCUCUUGUGCUUCUAUUUAUAUCCAUCUAUAUAUUUCUGACUAUAUGUACAAUGCCAUAUCUGUUGCAGGCUUCAUUCACACCAGACUUGUUCGGAAACUAUAUACUUCAUAUAGAUUAUGUUUAGCAGGAUUAUAAUUUAUUUAAGAGAGGAAGAUAAUUUUGCUCAAUAAAUAGACUUGAUAGUUUUCUUACAUAUUGUGUUGUUAUGAAGGCAUAAGUCAGAAUGUUGACAACCUGAUAGUCAGUUUUCUGUCGAAUAAACCACUUGUCUGUAUGCAUAUGGUCAUGUAAAUGCUUGGGUUUAUUAAGAUAAAUGAGUGUUUAAAGAGAGUCGCCAUUAACAUUAAAGUGAAUGAUAAAUGAAUCCUAAUUUUUAACGAAACAAAGUGGCCAUCUAAUGACUGAAUCUCAGUUCUCCAGUGUGAUAAACUUUGUGAAGGUGAAAUUAUUGAAGUAGUGUCUCCAUUUUAAUUAUGUUAUUGUUUGUCUUCCCCUCUUCCAGCCACACCCUGUUUCCUCUCACCUCUUCCUCCUUACCCCUUCCCCUCUUUUACCAAAUAUAUUUUGUUCAUAC